CCGACACGUAAAAGGCCGGAAUGGACGCAACGCAAAGGCCGCGCACACUAUUCAUGCUUCUCUCUGAUUAUGUAUUUAACGAUAGUAAAGUUGGAUACUCUUAAUAAUUGGAGUCUUCGCUAGAGAUAGAAAAUAGGAUAGGAGACAAUUGAGAUCGCGCGCGCACGGUACGCCACUCGUAAAGAGUGUAAAGACAGCUCUUCAACCUGUAUGAACCUCCUCUAGUAUCAAAGUAGUGUUUGAAUUUCUACAGCUUCCCCACAAAUGAUAUCACGAAUGACAUUGCCAUGAGUAUCCUGUAAAAGUGGCUUGAAAGAUUCAACUUGAUUCAACUAUGUGGGAAGAAAAUUAAAUGAAGCGUUUUAUCACUUGCGCGCUUGUCGCUAUUGUUUGCAGAAACCAAUUUAUUAUUGGUUAAAUAAAACUGCCUUAGUUUUAUCGAGAUCGAAUAUUUGUCAUGGAAAGCAAAAGUAGCAACAAUUUUAUUAGUUACGUGGGAUUGGAAGAACACGAGCUACAGACCUUUAGUUCUAGUCGACGCAAUUCAUUAAUUGAAAAUAGUAUAAAAUUAUUGCCAGGAGAAGUUCUUAUUGCUGAGGCACAAAGUGUCCUUAUGUUCUCACCUGUUAGUGAUCUAAAACAAGGCAUAUCUGGUGUUCUGUCGGUGACCAAUUUCAAACUUACCUUUGUCACCAGUGGUGAUUCAAAUGGAGAGAAUUUGUUACAGAAUGUUACUCGCCAACAAAACCACUUGUAUGGAUAUACAGAUACAUGUUUGACAAAUAUCGAUGAAAUUUACGUUAUGGUGGGAGAUAAGAAAAGAAAGUUAGUUCCUGGCAAUACAGUACCAUCGAAAGUGAAAGGAAUAUUUAUUAUCUGCAAAAAUCUAAGAACCUGGUCGUUUUCUUUCAAAUUUUCACCUCUCGGGCACGGUAAGAAUCUUCUGACUGCGCUGCUACAUCACGCUUUUCCUAGCAGACACCAACUGUUGUUUGCCUACGAUUACAAAGAGACUUAUUACAGUAGUCUUGACAAAAAUGUACAACUAUUUCGGGAUAUUUCAGACUGGCAAAGCGAAUUGAAAAGAACAUUGUGUAGCGAUGAAACGAGAAAAGGUUGGAGAUUAUCCCUAGUUAAUGCCAAAUUUCAGCUUUGCCCCAGUUUAUCGCAAUAUGUAGUGGUACCUGCGUCUGUGACCGACUGUCAGUUGACAGAUGCAGCUAGACAUUUUCAAGGUAAUAGACCACCGGUAUGGUCCUGGACAAAUGCACACGGUGCGGCAUUAGUAAAAAUGUCUGAAUUGUUACCAACGAUUACAGAGAGGAUGCAGGAGAAUAUUAUGUUUGAAAAUGUUCGUAAAAGCCAUCCUCAAAAGAUCCCGCCGGUUGUUAUCGAAUUAAAUAAAGAAAUUAAUGUAAAACUAAUAGCGGCAAGUUUUACUAAAUUCAUUAGCUUGUGCACACCAGAAAACAUCAGGCAAUUCUGGAUUCAAGAUAAUAAUUUUUACUCAUUGUUAGAAAAUACAAAAUGGCUUAAAUAUAUAUCGUAUUGCUUACAAAAGACAGUUGAAGUCUGCGACCAUCUUAAUUUAGGGAUUUCCGUCAUUUUACAAGAAGGUGCCGCUAGAGACUUGUGCUGCGUUAUAUCGAGUUUAGCGCAACUGUUGCUGGAUCAUCACUUUCGUACCAUAGCUGGUUUUCAAUCGUUAUUACAAAAAGAAUGGGUCGCUGGUGGCCAUCCGUUUUGCGAUAGAUUGGGCCACAUUGUGAAAGCAAAUUCGGAAAAGUCUCCAUUGUUUCUCUUAUACCUCGAUUGUGUAUGGCAAUUGUGCCACCAAUAUCCAACGGAAUUUGAAUUUACGGAAACAUAUUUGACCACACUAUGGGACGCAGCACACGUUUCCAUAUUCGAUACCUUUAUUUUCAACUGCGAAAGAGACCGGGCAGUGGCAGCUAUGGAUCCCAACACGCCUCUCGUACUUCGUAGUGUUUGGGAUUGGCGAGAGCAAUUCAACGAUCAGGAUAUCUUGUUGUUUUACAACCCUUUAUUUUUUCCCCGUAAUUCCACCGGGAAGAUGAAAACGGAAAACGAAACAAUUAUAAAACCUUUAUAUACAAUUUCUAAUCUCGAGCUUUGGACUCAAUGCUAUUUUCGUUGGAUACCGACACUUGAGAUUCGUAACGGUGGACAAAGGCAUAUCGAACUUUAUAUUAGGCUACUUCAAAACGACGUAAAUCACCUUGAAAUAAACGAAAGCCACCAUAUCUCACCAAUAGAUAAGGUCGGUACCUGCUGCUCUCUUCAUACAAAUAUCGAUAGCUUUUAUCCCUUUAGUAACAAUAGAUCAGGCAAUACCGUAAGUGCGCCUAUUAUGAAUAGUUCGAUCCUUCUAAGCGAGAGUUUAUUAGACGCGCAAUCAUUGAUAACCGCGACCGAUUGACAGAUCGCGCUAUUGGGAACCCGCUGUUUUUACGGCAUUCAAAGCACAUGUGUACCUGAUGUGAUGAUUACAUUCUCUUUCUUUCUAGCGCGUAAAACAAUUUAAAAAAUGUGUGUUUCAACAAAUGAAUUUUCACGAAACGCGUUUGUAAAGGAAAGUUUUGUUUGUAAAGGGCAGUUUUUCCACAGGAACAUUACAGAUAUUCGAUCCUUAUCAAUGGUAUUUUUCAGCCACUACUCGCCAUGUAAAUUGCAGUUGUGAUGUAAGCUUGUUUGUAAUCGGCUCGGAAUAGGAGCUUUACGAAAUGUAUACUCACGAGAGAAGUUCGUCGCGUUAUUGAGAGCAGCUAGAACUUAAAAUUCUUUUCCGUGUAAAAUUAUAGAGAUAUUUAUGUCUCGUCAAUGGACGUUAGUUGUAUAUAAAUUAACGCUCGUAAUGGCGAACGUACGUACACGUUAGUGAAGGUGAAGUGUAAUUUUAAGAUUGAAUUUUUAAAAACAUGAUAGGUAUAUCUGUAAAUAUAUGUAUAUCUCAUAAAUGUCGAUGUGAAUGAAAAUGACGAGAAGUGGCCGCGGGUACGUGUCUCGCCGAUAUCUUGGAGACAUCUACAUUGUUACAAAUCGAUAAAUAAAAUUUAGGUAUGUAAUUGAACGAAAAAGUUUCCGACCAAUAUCGCUCGUAAGCUAAUUUUCGAUGUAUUGAACAUGUAUAUAUUUUUUCCCCAAAUUAAUAUAAUUCGACACUUGAAAAGA